CUGUCUCUGUAUACUGUUUUGGUGUUAUAAUAAAUAAUAAUGAUGCGCCAAAAGCACAUUAUAAUCUAAUCAAAAUGUUAAGACCAUUAAUUUGGAUCAAUGAACUAUCAUUAGCAAUACACAAUCAGAACAUUACAAAGUGGUAAGCCUAUUGCAAUACAAAGCUAAAUCUUGAUUAACUCAACGAAUUCUUUGUCAACUUUCUAUCUGAUAGACCUCUUCUUGUCUUCACAACAUUUGGUUUUCCUUUUUUUUUUCCCUCCUAAAUUCUCCAUCUGACCAAUCGCGAACGUGCCCUGGAGUAACUAACAGCAGACGUGAAAUAGCCUCACUUGCGGGCGACAGAUCGUUGGAACCGAAUUUCCUUUACUCCUUUACUCACCCCUUCUUCUCCUAGGGCUCGUCUCAAAUAUUAUAAAUAGAAUUAUAUCAUCAAUAUUUGGGCCAAAUUGAAACGAAAUGGAUACCUUUUGUAUGGUUUUUCAUCCUGAAAUGGUUUAUAAAGGAUUACAAUGAUUCCAAACAUCUCAGGAUCCUAGACGGAGCCACUUGGCCUGCCUAAACAUGUAUGAAUUUGGGAGAUCGAUGGACAGCAAUAAAAUGGAAAGCAGGGAUCUGCUAGACGCUGUCCCUGAAAAAAAGUACGACUGCGAACCCAGACAGGGAUCUUUAUUGCUUAAUUCGGGACAACUAAAGCGACCAACAAGUUUAUGCAGACCUAGUCCUGAUUUUGGGAUCUCGAGGUACAGCCUAGCGAGUGACAUCCCUGAAACUAACUGUAUUAAACAACAUAAUCUCAGCAGUUUCAUUCAAAGUCUAGGUCUCAUUUCGGUGACAUCUCUAGUUGUCGCCCUUCUCUCGUUAUUCAUCUUAAAUACCCUCAUUGGUGUCAGUCGCCCCUGCUCAGAACUUCAGGUCAACUCUUAUUACCUACAUGCCACGCAAGUAGCAGGGUUGUCAAACCAUAGCAGCCAAACACAUCCCGCGGUACAGAAUGAAACCCUUUGGAUGGCCAGCUUUGCUAUCACUUCACUGAUCAUUGCAGCUUGCUUGUGUUGCCUGUUAGUCUGCUCGAUGCAAUGCUUUUUGGCUUCCAAAAUACUAAAGACAUGUGCUGGUGAAGAGAGAGCUCACAAGUUUCUUCGCGAAUGUUCCAGUAGUCGAAUAUUGGCAGUUACAGGACUAUUCAUAAGCAUACCAAUCUUUAUAAUAGACGUGGCUCUGUUGCUAGUGCUGCUGAUCCCACAUAGGCAGGCCAUUGUGUCCGGUCUUAUCCUAGGAGUCGGGGUUCUUUUCUGCCUUCUAAUUUUAAUACAGAACUGCUACCACUGGAGGCUGGAGAAGAGCAGGGCUGAGAGUGGUCUCCCCGUCUAUGACAGCUACUUUAGUUUUCCGAAAGGGCUGCACAACAGUCCAAGAAAACAACCCGAGCUAUGUACCUUGGUGUAGAGUACCAGUGUGCUUAACGUUAUAGCCAUGUUGGUCAACGGACAGAGUGCUAUCGCCGUAGACAAAACAAGAGAUGCAGAGAGUCACGAGAAUCUAAUGUUACACCCAAGGGACUUGCCCACGAGCACUGAAUGCGCUGUGGUGAUCACAAGGGACAUCACUCUCAGCGUUAGAAAGUGUUGAGGAGUAACAUUGAUUCCUUCCAAGUCCCACGCUCCAACAGGACUCAAACCUGCGACGUCCAGCUGGUCAGAGAACCGUUAUCCACAAAGAGGACAUUGCUAUACAUGUCAAAUAAAUAGCAUAGUGUAAUGUUCCUUUGUACUUAUUAGCUAGCCCGUGGACUAUGUAGAUAGAUAUUGAACAUGAAAGAUAAUUAGGAUUAGACUGAUUAGUACAUUAUGACCCAGUGUAACAAUUGAUGUGAAAGCUAAUAUUCUUUGUUUAUGAUAGAAACAUGGACAAUGACUCGUUGAAUGCAUGACUCUUGGUGGAUGUACUCAUUAAUAGUAAAAUAAGUGUCCACAAGAUAACAUUAUAAAUACUGAAAGGAAUAAUAGAUCUAGUUACUGUUGAUAUUAAAAAAACAACACUUUCUUAGGUCUGGUUAUGCUGUUGAACUGAAGGAAUGCUCAAUAAAUAAAUUGCAAAUCCCAGAAUUUUUUUUUUUUUCAGAAUAAAAAGUUUCGUACCCGUCAGAUAUUUUUCUCUUUUUUUUUUUUAGGGAGGCCCCAGGGUAUAGCCUUGUCUGUCUUCCCUUAAAUCCAGCCCUGGUGCCCCAAAACAAAGGUCCAGAAUGGGCUAGUAAAUGUGAUUUUCUUUGUGAAGUACUGAUAAAGUACUGGUAAAGUACUAAGUUGCUGACAUGUCCAAAUGAGUGGUCUGAUGAUUGGUUAGUUAGUAGACAAAAGGGUGAUUAUUGAAGUCAACAUUUACACAGACAUGAAAUACAGUGUUUCUUAGUGAAUACUUUGCCAACUAUUACACAGAGUUGAGAAACUAUGAGACAUUCUACGAGAUUUUGAUUUAGCAGAGAAUUCUCUUAAUUUACACUACAGCCAAGUAGUCAUCACGACAUAUUCUUACUGGACUCUGUGAUAAUGUUCUGCAUAUUUAAUGGAUGCUUUAUUUAUUAAUAGAGUACAAUUCUAGCUUAUCAUUUAUCAUCCUGCAAGUUCAAUUAUUGGGUUGCAUUGCCAUACAAUGAGGCUGAGUGGUAAAGCGCUUGGCUACUGUAAAUAGGAAUCACAAGUUCGAAUUUAAAAAAAAAACGACAAUAAAAGAUUUUAGGACCUCCUUGAGUCCACCCAACUCUAAUGGGUACCUGACAUAUGUUGGAAAAGCAGUAGUUGGUCAUUGAGCUAACCUUUUGCCAAACAGAUAUCACAAGAUCUGAAACAGGUAACUUCAGUGUAGUACAAUUACUAUAGCAUAGCUGUAGAUCACUUGUACAAUUACUAGCAGGAACUAAGAAUGCCAUAGAGCCUUAUAGUUACUUGUACAAAGUACUAACAUAAAACCAAACAUAAAUUUAAAAGUAUGUAUUUCCCAUGAAGCAAAGCAAAUUAAAUACAGGUGACUGUAUACAAAGCCAUUGGUUAAAUACACAUUGAGAUUUCAUCAAUAAAAAGCAAAGUAAAAAGAGAAGAAAAAAAAAACACAAGUUUUGAUGGCUCAGUGUUUCCCAAACUGUGUUCCACGAGGCCAGAAUAAGUGUUCCAUCAACUACUAGAAUAAUUCACUAGUAGGCCACCAUGUGAAUUAAUCUCUAAACAAUAAGGAAAGUGUUCUCCUCAGAAUGUGCGAAGAUUCCUUUAAGGAAACAGUUUGGGAAACCCUAUGUUAGGGAAUAUCAAUUAUCUGGAGUCAGUAACGAGACAUAUUGUACAGAGAAUAUAGUAAUAAACAGAAAUAAUAAAACAUUUUGUAGUUACUUUUUUCUAACAGUUCAAAACUAUUCACAAGGCUAAUAUUUCAAAACGUAAGCAAAAAAAAACAACAAAAAACACAACAUUAAUUAUAUAUUUCAAACAAAAAUCUGUAUACAUAAUUGGUUACAUCAUAUAUAUAGACAUCCAGAAAGUAAAUGCCCCAAGUGAUAUUUACUUCAUCAAAAGAUCAUUAAUCUUAAGAAAUGAUUAUUGUUAUGAAUACUGCUAAGGUAAGAAACAAGUUUCUUUAUUCUAUAAACAAACAGAAGUAAACUUGAGAGGUUUUAAAAAAAUAGAAAUGUGUUCUUUUAAUCUCUUAUAUUGUUUAGUUAAUAUUCUAAAUGUCUGCGGUAUAGCAGUUUUACAAACAGUACCAAUGGCUACAAAAAAAAAAAUUUGCUAAUCUUAACUUCUAAAGAAGUUAAAAAUAAAAUGAAUGUUUUCAAGAAACAUCUAGGAUGUACAUAACACAUUGGAUGUUUUCAAGCAACAUAUAGAAUGUACAUAACACAUUGGAUGUUUCUUAAUAAUAAGAAAUAAAGCCAGAAAAUAUUCCUCUCCACAAGUUUUGUUAAAAAUUAGUUUUUACAAAAUAAAAAAUUAAUUAAAAAAAAUAAAAAGUAACUUUACUUUUUUUUUAGACCAAUACAUUUGCACUUGCACCUAGGAAACUUGUUAUUGGUAAGUUCAAGGCUAUGCUUAGUCAAGGCCAUUAUAGUCACAUAUGUACACAUUUGACUGUAAAUGUAAACACCCCAGUUUCAUGUUUUAAUAUCAGGGUUCAAUAAGAAUGUAGGAACAAAAGCACCGGAAAAGGUCACUGCAUGUGGAAACACAACCACCGGUACUUCAAAAAGACACUGCAUGUGGAAACAUCACUAUUGGAUGUUUCAAAUACCAAAAACAAUAUUUAAACUUGUUUCUCAAUUUAGCAACAAUUUAAAGGACAUUCAGAGUUCAGAAAAAAUUAGCCCUUGCAUUUAUAUUAUAUGCCUAUAAGAAUGGUUCAUUUUAAAUACUAUUUAUCUUUAACAUACAAAUAGAUUUAAGCUUCAAUUGUACAGUUUGAGAAUAAGUUGCAAGAAAAGGAAAAGUUCAUUGUAGAACUACCAAAGUUCGGAAUUCUAGUUCAUUUAAUGGACACCAACACAAAGUUAGAUUAAACCCCUUUUAUUACUAAAGGUAAUGAAAAACUUCAUAAUUAAAACUACAGGAAGUGACAUAAACAUUAAAAAGGGCAUUUGAGGUUUUUAUGGCUGGCAGUUAUUCAGGCAGUGUAUUCAUUUUAGGGCUUAUACCACAAGUUUACUGUGGAGAAUAGUACACUGUUAAGUCUGAAAAGUGGUUGACUUAGGAUUUUAUUUGAUUUGGUUGUAACUAAUGUCUUCAGGUUCAUGAAAUAAAGAAAUUAAAGUGUAGACCACAAGAUGCCAAAUAAACUA